CGUUGCUUCAUUCCACCAAAAUCACUCUUCCCUUCCCUUCCCUUCACUCUCUUUCUCUCUGAGUAAUUCCCCGUCCCUUCAUCUCUCUAUCUCCUUAUCCUCAUCCUUAUAUAUAACCCCCAAUCACUAUGCCUUCUUCCUCAUCUCCAUCUUCCCCAUUAUCUCUCUCCCUCAUCCACCCUCUCAACGCUACCCCUCGUCCUCCUCCUCCUCUCAUGGACUGGUUAUCCUGGCUCUCCAGAACCAACCUCGAAUCUUCCCUCAUCUACGACUAUGGCGUUACGUUCGCUCGCAACCAGCUUGAACUCCAGGACGCCGCCUUCUUCAACCACGAGUUUCUCCAGAGCAUGGGCGUCUCCAUUGCCAAGCACCGCCUCGAGAUCCUCAAGCUCGCCCACAACGACUAUGGUGCCCAUCUCCACCAUCAUCGUCCCAGAAAGCUCUCUGGCGUAAUCAAGAACUACAUCAGGAAAUGCGUCAGAAAGCUCGUUGUUUUUCGAGAAGAAGAUCGUUCUUCUUCAGACCAGAAGGAAUUCCCCGGCGGCGGCAGAGAACCCGAUUGGUACUACCACGAGAAAUGGCGUGGCGCUGUCGAGAGGAAGCCCGCCGGUGAGGAGUUUCAGAAGCCGGUGACGGCGAUGAAUAGAACCAGACGCAUAGCCUUGUCUGGGCCUUUAGACGGAAGGACGAUGAACGAGAAGAUGGUGAAUAGCAAUAAGGUCUUGAGGCUUUCUGGGCCUCUUGAUGGGAAGAAGCAAGAGAGAUGGCUUUACACGAAUCGGAGUCCGGUAGCAAGUGGAAGGCCGAUGAUGGGCUCAAUGAAAAGCCCAAGAUCGUCUGGGCCUUUGGACCCGAGGUUGGUGAUGACGGAAUGCAAGAGCCCAAGGUUUAGCAGGCCUUCAGAUGCCAGACCUCAAAGCCCAAUGAGUUUCAGUCCCUGCCUCAACAAGACAAAAGGGGAUUUCGAUUUUGAUGAGGAUGAUCACACUCUGUGGCCUACCUUGUUCCAGGAUCUGAAACCAACUUGAUUGUUGUUUCCCACUUUCUGAGAGAAAAAGUCAGAUCUUUACAUUUACCCAAGGAAAGAAAAAAAAAAAAAAAGGAAAGAUAUUUUCUCUUUUGAAGAUGAGUCUACAGGAUCAGAGCAACAGAGAAGUAGCAGGAGUAAGUUGCAGUGAUGAUUAAUUACUUGUAGUAAAGUAAACUAAAUACAGUGUGUUUAUUUUGUAUUUUAUUGGUUUCAAGUCUCUCUCUUGCUUCUUCUCUUUCACUUGUACAUACAAAAUAUUUUCAGUUGAGGCAGGCCAGGCUGACAAGCGACAAUGGUUGGAUCAAUUCGAAAAAGUCAAUUGUAUCAGUUAAAAUGUUUCUAGGUUUUUUUUUUCUUUUC